UAUCAGAGCCUGUCCCUGACUGAUUCUUGAUUCUCCUCAUCAGAGCCAAAGCCCAACUCUCCAAUACAACAACGAACAGCGAUUCGUGGCAAUUUUUCGAAGGUAGGGUUUGAUGGGUGAUCGCGGUUCGGGCGCUGCGAAGCCGAUUUGGAUGAAGCAGGCGGAGGAGGCGAAGCUGAAGAGCGAGGCGGAGAAGGACGCGGCGGCGAAGGCGGCGUUCGAGGCCACCUUCAAGGCUUUGGAGAACAAACAUGACAAGGGAGGAGGAGGAGGAGGAGGAGGGAGCGUUGCUGAAUCCGACAGCGACUCCGAGGAGGAGGAGUACGAGGACCUGGCCCACAAGCCCAUUGGCCCCGUGGACCCCUCCAAGUGCACCGCCGCCGGGACCGGGAUCGCCGGCGGAACCGCGUGCGCUCCGUCCUCCUUUGUGGUGGUGGCCAAGGACGCCGAUGAGAGGAAGGUUUCCGGUGGUGGCGCGCAAAUCAAGGUUAGGGUGACGCCCGGGUUGGGUGUUGGAGGGACUGAGCAAGAAGGGAUGGUGAAGGAUAUGGGGGAUGGAACUUAUACUGUGACUUAUGUGGUGCCAAAGAGAGGGAAUUAUAUGGUUAGUGUUGAGUGUAAUGGGAGGCCUAUCAUGGGGAGUCCCUUUCCUGUGUUUUUCAGUGCAGCAGGUAAUAGUACUGGAGGGCUGUUGGGUUUAGCUCCUGCAUCUUCAUUUCCAAAUCUUGUUAAUCAAACUAUGCCCAACAUGCCGAAUUACUCUGGGUCAGUUUCAGGGGCAUUCCCUGGAUUGUUGGGAAUGAUUCCAGGGGUUGUUGCUGGAGCUUCUGGCGGUGCUAUUUUGCCUGGAAUUGGGGCCUCACUUGGGGAAGUUUGUCGUGAUUACCUUAAUGGGCGUUGUGCGAAAGUUGAUUGUAAGUUGAAUCACCCACCUCAUAAUUUGUUAAUGACUGCCUUGGCUGCAACAACCUCAAUGGGAACACUUAGCCAAGCUCCUAUGGCACCUUCUGCUGCUGCAAUGGCUGCAGCUCAGGCAAUAGUUGCUGCUCAAGCCCUUCAAGCACAUGCAGCUCAGGUGCAAGCUCAGUCUGCAAAAGAUUCCACUGGUUCACCUGAAAAGGCUAGUAAGGAUGAUGCAUUGAAGAAAACCCUUCAAGUUAGCAAUCUUAGCCCUCUUCUCACUGUGGAACAGCUAAAACAACUCUUUGGAUUCUGUGGCACUGUUGUUGAAUGUACAAUCACUGAUUCAAAGCAUUUUGCUUAUAUAGAAUACUCAAAGCCUGAAGAGGCAACUGCUGCUCUGGCAUUAAACAACAUAGAUGUUGGGGGGCGCCCUUUAAAUGUUGAAAUGGCAAAAUCACUUCCACCGAAACCAUCUGUUGCGAAUUCUUCACUUGCUUCAUCAUCUCUUCCUCUGAUGAUGCAGCAAGCUGUUGCGAUGCAACAGAUGCAAUUCCAGCAAGCACUGCUUAUGCAACAAUCUAUGACUGCACAGCAGGCUGCUAACCGGGCUGCAACCAUGAAAUCUGCCACGGAGUUAGCAGCAGCCCGAGCUGCAGAAAUAAGUAAGAAAUUGAAUCCUGAUGGAGUUGGAACUGAAGAGAAAGAGACAAAGCAGAAGUCCAGAUCGCCCUCUCCUCCUCAUGGAAGAUCUCGAUCAAAGUCAAGAUCUCCUAUCAAUUACCGGAGAAGGAGGAGGUCUCGCUCUUAUUCACCUGCUCGUCAUUCUAAGGAUCACCGCUCUAGGUCACCCUUGAGGUCCCAUCAUUACUCAAGCUAUGACAGGGAAAGGCGGUCCUUUAGAGAUAUUAGGGAACAUAGUGAUAGAUACAGAAGACGAGAUUUAGAUAGAUCACUUGAUCAUCAUUCAUCUGCUUCAAGAAGGAAUAGAAGUAGGAGUGUAAGCCCUUAUACAAGGAAAUCAUCUGUUUCUCCAAAACGUCAUAGAGAAACUUCACCUCAUAGAGGAAGGAAACAAUCACGUGCUGAUUCUGGCUCUCCAAGUCGUCGCAGGGGAAGUAGGUCUUCUCCAAAGAUUGAUGAAAAAAAACUAAGAAACAGAAGGCGCUCAAGGUCAAGAUCAUCAGAUGAUAGGCUUCACUCUAUCAAAAAUGAAGAAAUCUCGCAUGGAAAGUCUAAACACAGAGAGAGAAGGCGAUCCAGGUCAUUAUCUGUGGAUGAGAAGCCUCACAGAAGGAGCCGAUCAUCCCCAAGAAAAGUGGAUGAAAGUAGAUCCAGGCACAAAAAACGGUUGAGGUCAAAAUCUGUGGAUGAUAGGCAUGGUUCUCCUGAGAGAUUGGAUGAAAACAGAACUAGAAGAUCAAGGCAUAGUGAUAAAAGGCACUCCAGAUCAAGAUCUACAGAAACUAGGGAUCAAACUGAUGUCAGAGAGGAUGAACGUAAAAAUCAAAAGUCAAAACAUCGUGAUACUAAAAGGAGCAGGUCAAAAUCUGUUGAAGGGAAGCAUCGUUUUAAAGAUAAAUCAGGUGAAAAUAGAGAUAAGAAAUCAAAACGCCGUGAUAGAAAGCGUUCAAGGUCAAUAUCAUUAGAAGAUAAGCAUGACAAAGGAGACACUUCACCUCAUAUAAAUUUUGAUGAGAGAAACUUUGAACCGACAAAGUCCCCUGAAGGCAAGAAUCACUCCAGUGAUAAAUAUGGAAGUAGAGGUGAAAAAUCAGAGCAUCAAAAGAAAACCCCAUCUAAAUCAAAAUCAGAACAAUUUGAUGGGAGUGGGCCCUUACGAGGAAAUUACAAGGAGUAUGAUUCAAAAGGAAAAUCACCAUCUGAUUCUGGAUCUGCUGAAGUUAAGCAUCAUUUGAGUGAUGGAGAAAAUGCUACCAGUGAAGAAAAUUCUAAACUCUUUGGAGAUGUGUUUCAGGAACCAAUUAGAACUGCAAAGGACUCAACAAUCCUGAAUGAUAACGGGACACUGACUUCAGUGAAUGGUAACUACAAGUCAGAAGAGUCAAGUGAAAAUGCAGGAGCUGAUGAUAACCCAGGAUGGAUAUCAGUGGAAAAAGUGGGAAGUGGAAAGUAUUAAGCAAACUUGGCUUGGAGUGGUGGUUCUAAAUGAUAUCAAAGAAUAUAGCUGAGUAUAGAUUUGUUAUUCAAUCUUGAAUCAGAAGGGUGUCACUCAAGGCUACUAUCAUUUCUUGUCACUAUAGUGUAGAUUUAUUUCAAGAGCGUUGCACAGAUUGUGGUUUUCUGUGGUUGAAGAUUUCUGCACCUGUCAAUGAUUAAGGGAUAAAGAGCGUAUUCUAAUUCAGGAUUCUCGUUUAGGUUUCCUGACAAGUUCUUUCCAAGGAAUAUACUGUUUCUUCUUAGGAGGACCACAAUUCUCAGAGGAUGAUGCCUCCACUAUUUGAUUGGUCUCCAGAAUAUUCUGUUGCCUUAUGAACAUUUUCCAUUGUUUAUUUCUUUUGCAGGUCGGAUUGGUAAAGAUCUGGUGUAGAAUCCCACAGCUGUUGGUGUGGUUUAAGGUUUCAAGAAGUGUCAUGCUUUUGUCAUGAUCAACCGUGCAGUGCUUAUAUCAUGCUUCUUUUACUGCUUGAUUGAUGUAUGUUGGAAUGUUAUUUUAAGUAUACUAUUCUUUUUAUUGAAGGUAAUUUUUACUAUGUUUGGGUCUUGAUAUUUAUUUUUAAAAUUUGGUGGUGUCUGAAUAUUAUUGGUUUCUAGUUCUUCAAAAAUGAUAGUUCGGAGGGAGAAACCCUUUUAGCCAGUGUUCGAUUAUAUGCAUCUAAAACUUAUUGGACUAAAGAUAGCAAUAAUGUUAAAUUUAACUUUCAGUGGCUAUUUAAGUUUAUCUCCUCCUCAGUCUUUCAUAUCUAGAUUCUAUAGUUGAUGUGGCCAAUUUUGUUGUAUAAUCUUGUUUAGUUGCAAGCAUCAUUAUUUGAUGUGGCCAACGAUAGGCUCCAUUGUGUUUACUCAUGUUUUGUGGUAUGGUGGGUAUGUUAAAUCCAAAACAAAUGCAGGUUAUUCUCAUUGAAAUCUGUUGGAGCUUUGAGAUACAGUUAUGCUGGGUUGAUUUUCUCUUGUGUAAUUGAAGAAAUUGUCAUGGUUAGGUAAAGCUUCUAUAUAAAGGUCAACUGAACCUGGAUGUUGCUGCUAUGAGUUUCAUCAUGUUGCGUUUGAGCAAUUGGCUGAGUUACAGUUUUUACUUAAGUAAAUGCUGAAACGCAAAUGAUUUCAACAGGUAAUUCUCUGUAAACCUAUCGGGUGGUUCUUCCAUUUGUGUAGGAUCUUCAAUUUAAUUUUGUCAGUCUUGUUCAUGCUUUACUUAGUUCUGUAUGUUGUCCUGUUCACAUUGAUGUUUUUGCAUUCUUUAUAAAUAUUUGCAUAUUGAGUAGUUUUCAGUGUCAUCUUAAUGGUUGAGUUGAGUUUUUGUUGUGUUGAUCUGAUACGGUGUCACAACUUAAAUCGUGGGUUUGAAAAAUGAGCUUGUUGCUGAGAGGUGCUAAAGAAAUUCUGGUUUUUUUUUCCGCUGUUGAUGGGUCACAACUAAGUUUAUCCCCUUGUUUUGUGCUCUUUUUUUCCGUCCCCAGCCCUGUUUUCUCUUUGCCCCUUCUCCUCCCAUUGCUUCUUUAUUUUUUGGUUAGGUUAAGCAUUGGAUAUGAUGAUCUUAUGAGCAGCUGCAAAUUCUCUUCACCAGAUGAUUGUGUGAAGUUUGUUUUUGGAAGUUCUGUUGGUGUUUUAGUUUCCUUUUCUUCUUAUCUCUUCACCACCUGAUCUAGUCACCUGAUGUUAUUAUGCCUUCUCCAGUUGGCGCUUAGGCUUUUACCAUAAAGUGUUUGUUCAUAGUUCGGCACGGCUUAAUAAAAGAAAUGGGUAGUACUAUUCUAGGUUAUUGUUGAGCUCUUAACAUGUUGAUGCGUGCCCUUCAACAUAUACAAAUAACUAGUGGCUAAUUGAGCGUUUGAUGGUUUAGGCCCUUGGGGAAUUUUUUUAUCGAA